CCUUGACCAAGCAGAUUCCCAAAUUCUUCAGCCAUUACAGUCGACAACUUUCUCACUCCUCAAGGAAGGAAAGAUCUGUCAAGAUGGCGCCCGCAAAUCUUCCCUCGGCCUUCGAUGCCACUAGCCAGGACAUUGAGAUGCUCCUCGCAGCUCAAUGCCACAUCGGCUCCAAGAAUCUCCAGGUUCACAUGAACCCCUACCUGUGGAAGACCCGAGCGGACGGUGUCAAUGUCCUCAACAUUGGCAAGACCUGGGAGAAAAUUGUCCUGGCCGCCCGCAUCAUCGUCGCCGUCGACAACCCGUCCGACGUCUGCGUGAUCUCCGCCCGUCCCUACGGUCAGCGUGCCGUCCUCAAGUUCGCCGCGCACACCGGCGCCCAGGCCAUUGCCGGCCGCUUCACUCCGGGUUCCUUCACCAACUACAUCACCCGUUCGUUCAAGGAGCCGCGCCUGAUCAUCGUCACCGACCCGCGCACCGACUCCCAGGCUAUCAAGGAGGCCAGCUACGUCAACAUCCCCGUCAUCGCCCUGUGCGACACCGACUCGCCCACCGAGUACGUCGACGUUGCCCUCCCCACCAACAACAAGGGUCGUCACGCCAUCGGCUGCGUCUGGUGGAUGCUGGCCCGUGAGGUCCUCCGCCUCCGUGGCACCAUCGCCAACCGUGAGACUCCUUGGGACGUCAUGGUUGAUCUGUACUUCUACCGCGACCCCGAGGCCGAGGCCGAGGACAAGAUCGAGGAGGAGAAGCUCCCCGGCGUCGAGACCGAGGGCGUCGCCGCCAUCGAGUCCGGCUUCGCCACCACCGGCGGCGGCGACUGGGAGGCGCCCGCGGCCGGCUUCGCUGGCGCCGCCACCGCCGACUGGGGCGACGCGCCCGCCACCGCCGUGCAGACCUGGGACGCGACCCCGGCUGCCGCCGGCGCCGCCACCAGCGGCGAG